AUGACGCUAUUCCGCGACACAACCAACAGGAGUCCGAUCGUCUACACAAGAGACUUUGCAUAUCCGGAAACUGGUACAGCCGUUGUUCAACCACGGCGCGCGAGCAGAACCAAAAUUGCGUUGGUCAGUGCGGACGCAUUCGCUAGGCUACUUACGGGACCAAUGGUUGACUUCUUUGUAGGCCCGGAGAGGGAGCACUGGAGUGUCCACCACAGCCUGCUAGCUCAUCAUACUUCAGGUCCUGAAAAAGAGAACCUCUCAUUGGGCCCGAAUUAUGCUACGCAGGUACCUCAUUCCACAGAUGAUGCCACCAUAGUGCUGCCUGAGUGCUCCACGGCCAGCUUCGAGCUACUAUUGCCAUUCCUCUAUCAAGGCAAGCAUCCGCCAAACGCUUCAGACCUACCCACCAAUGAAGCAAAGUACGCCCACGCCACAAGCUGCCACGGUCUACAUCUCAUCGGCAAACGCCUGCGUCUCUGGCCUCUCUCGGACCUCGCCCUAGAUGCCUAUCGCUCCGCUCUCCACUCCGCACAUCUCGUUCCGGAUCCGGCAGAGCUCACGACCAUCUACAAAGGCUGCGGCCCCGAGCAUGAAGCGCUCAAGAAAUUGAUGAUACGCAUUGCGGCGAGGCAGAUUAUGGAUCCGGAAGUGGAGAGGGAUGUUGGUGCUUAUGAGGAGCUUUUCGGCAGCUGUCCUGAGUUUGCGGUGGGUGUGUUGCGAGUGAUUCGGGAGGAGUCGGGUGGGAUGCUGUUGCGAGAUCCGAAUGAGGGUGGAUGGGCCUGUACGUUUCAUGACCAUGAGGAUGGAGAAGAGUGCGAUGGCAUGAUAUGGCCGGAGGUGGAGGACAUUCGGACAGAUUUAAAAACUGCAACGAGGAGUCGAGAGUCCGACAAACCCAUCAGCUCAACAGACAAGCCCAAACGACCACCGAGAAAGCUCCGCAUCUGCAACGCCACAAUCGAAACACCGGCCAAGUCAAUUGUAGCGGACGAUUCCAUUGAGUAUUCGCCUCCGUAUCGACCUCCGCACCCUGCAUCUAUCAAUGGCAUCAUGAAGAAGUCCUCCUCGAACACUGGAGAAUCAGGAACACAUUUGCCACGACAUCGUUCGAAGUUGGACGGCACUGGAGCCAAAGUUUGCUUUCGAGAUCGCUCACUCAGCUCCUCGAGCGACACGGCUGUGUCCAUCCAGGAUCAGACGCACGUCAGGACUCCAAUCAAGCACGCCAACGGCGGAGGCACAAGCAGAGAUCAUCACGGGAACAAGCUUCCAACCCGGAGGGGCACUAAAUCAAUAUCCAACGGAGAGCAAACUCAAGAUGGUGCAGACCAUUCUCCUGAUCAAGCGAAGUCUGUGCUCGAUCGCACAGGACAAGAACCGGGCGAAAGACUUCCAUGGCUCAAGCAGGAGAACGACUCGCUUAGCCCGACCGUCUCAGCUGAAGUUACCCCCGGCCAUCGUGCGAUCACUCCCACCUCUUCAGGAGAAACGAAAAAGUCGACAAGCACAACACCAAAGCCAGCGAGGAUUAGGCAAGUACCCAGGAUUCCACCCGAGAAUUAUGCUUCACCACGAGAAAUCAGAGUCAAGAACUGGAAGCAAUUAGAUCAGGAGAUGAGGAGACAUCGACCAGGAGCAAAGGAGAAGAGUGAACGUGUAAAAAGUAUCGUGAGAAGACUCGACGGGAUGGACGGCAUCGGAGAGAGGAAAGCCGAGGAGAGGACGAUGUAA